UGUGUGACUCGGGUCGUUUGGCCUGGUAUCUGAAUAGCCCGGCGGGCGGGAGCAUAGCGGCAGCCACAGGCUUUACACCAUGAGUCAACAGGGAGGAGAUGUCAGUUUGGCCCGCGACAGCCCGGUCGAGCAGGUGGUCUCGUCCGUCAUUAGCCAGCUACAGCAGCAGCAGCAUCAGCAGCAACUUCAACAUCAGGAAGGAGUCUGUCAAGAGCCGAGCAGCAACGCCGAAGACGACCAAGUCAUGGUGGCAACGGAACGAGAUCUGGCGGAGGACGCCCAAUGGAAGCGCAUCCAGCAAAACACCUUCACCAGAUGGGCCAACGAGCACCUCAAAACCGUCGAUAAAUACAUCGGCAGUCUGGAAACGGACUUGUCCGACGGCCUCAAAUUGAUCGCCCUCGUCGAAGUCUUGUCCGGCAAGAAACUGCCCAAACACACCAAGAAGCCAACGUUCCGCUCGCAGAAGCUGGAAAAUGUGUCGGUGGCUCUGAAAUUUCUGGAACACGACGAAGGCAUCCGCAUCGUUAAUAUCGAUUCGAGCGACAUUGUCGACUGCAAAUUAAAGUUGAUUCUCGGCCUAAUAUGGACGCUCAUCUUGCACUAUUCCAUUUCCAUGCCCAUGUGGGAUGGCGAUGACGGCAGUCGCGACGGCAAGGGACCUACGCCCAAACAGCGACUGAUGGGAUGGAUCCAGAGCAAGAUCCCCGAUGUGCCCAUCACCAACUUCACCGGAGACUGGAACGACGGACGCGCUGUUGGUGCCCUCGUUGACGCUGUCGCUCCCGGUUUGUGCCCCGACUGGAACGAUUGGGAUCCCAAAGAUGCCUUGCAGAAUGCAACGGAAGCCAUGGGUUUGGCUGACGAUUGGCUGAAGAUCCCUCAGCUCGUCAAACCGGAAGAAAUGGUCAAUCCCAACGUGGACGAGUUGUCCAUGAUGACUUACCUGUCGCAGUACCCCAACGCUAAACUCCAACCCAAUGCUCCCCUCCGUCCCAAAGCCAAUCCCAACAGGCCGGCUCCUCCCAGAGUCCGCGCUUACGGUCCUGGAGUUGAACCGACCGGCCCCGUUGUCGGUGCGCCAGCCAAUUUUACCGUCGAAACGUUUUCGGCCGGUAAAGGCAACGUUGAAGUGGUGGUGGAAGAUCCUCGCGGUCAAAAGAUCCCAGCUGAAGUCAAGUUCAACAACGACCGCAAUCUGUCGUACGCUUGCUCUUACACGCCCCAAAUGGAGGGCGUUCACCGCGUCAUCGUUAAAUACAACGGGCUCGAUAUUCCCAAAUCGCCGUUUGAAGUCAAGGUGGAGGGACACGCCGGCGACGCGUCCAAAGUGACGGCUUCCGGCCCUGGAAUCGAACCAGAAGGAGUCACCGUCAACCGGCCGACCUAUUUCGACAUUUUCACCAAAGAUGCUGGUCGAGGCGUUCCCGAAGUGAUCGUCCUCGAUCCGGCCGGCCAGCGCAACACUGUCCCAGUGAAAUUGCGUCAAAUCAGCCCGGAAGUUUGGCGCUGCGAGUACGUGGCCAGCGCUACGGGAGUCCAUUCGAUUAACGUCUUCUUCGCCGGACAGCCGAUCCCCAAGAGUCCUUACGGCGUCCGCGUUUCGCCCGUCUCCGAUGCCCGACGCGUUCGCGCUUCCGGUCGCGGUCUGCAACCCAACGGCGUCCGUGUCCGCGACGUCGCCGAUUUCCGCGUCUACACCGAAGGCGCCGGCGAGGGCCAAUUGGAUAUCCGCGUCAUCGGCCCCGGUGGCGUUAACGAACCCGUCAAAUUGCGCAAAAUCGACGAGCACACGACCGAAGCUGUUUACCACCCGCGCAAAGAUGGCCGCCAUGUCGUCAUGAUUUCUUACGGAGGACAGGAGAUUCCCAAAUCUCCCUUCGAAGUCAACGUCGGCCCUUACAAGGAGACUGAAAUCGUCGUUUACGGCCCCGGUCUCUACGGAGGCGUCGUCGACCAUCCCGCCUUGUUUACCGUCGAAACCAACGGCAACAAUGGCGCCUUAGGAUUCAGCAUUGAAGGUCCGUCGCAAGCCAAAAUCGAGUGCCACGACAACGGCGACGGCUCGGCCGACGUCCGCUACUAUCCGGUAGCUCCGGGCGAAUACGCCGUUCACAUUCUUUGCGACAACGAGGACAUCCCCAAAUCGCCUUACAUGGCCAACAUCCUGCCAAAGUCCAACUAUUACCCAGAUAAGGUCGAAUGCUUCGGUCCCGGUCUGGAGAAGACGGGCGUUUUGACGGGGAAAUUGGCUCCGUUUACCAUCGAUGCCCGCAAAUCGGGUGACACGUCCGCGCCGAUUGACGUCAGCGUCAUGGACGUCGACUAUCAUCCAGUUCCGGUCAACAAGGUCGAGAAAGCCAAGGGUCUUUACGAAUGCAAUUACGUGCCGGAACGCGGCGUCAAACACACGGUCCAGGUCAACCAAGGCGGAGUGGCCGUCAAGAACAGCCCGUUCCGCGUCUACGUCUCGGCGCCCACCGAUCCCAGCAAAGUCCAGGUCUUUGGCCCUGGAGUGGAGAAGGGAGUCAAGUCGCAAACGCCGACUCAUUUCAACGUCGACGCUCGUGAUGCCGGCCCAGGUGAUUUGAAUGUGAACAUCACUAAUGAUAAGGGUCAACCAGUACCCGUCCAGGUGGACGAUAAUGGUGAUGGAACUUAUUCCGUCGCCUACACGCCAUCCGCACCCGGUCCGCUCAAAGUGAACGUCUUGUACGCUGGAAAACUGAUCCCUAGAUCACCGAUCGCCGUCCAAGUCCAGCCGCACGUCGACGUCUCGAAAGUGAAAGUGGACGGACUCGAGCCCAUUGCUCCCGUCAACAGCCCGCAGCACUUUCGAGUCAUCGAUCAUGCGGCCGUUGAAUACCUGGCCGACAUCGCAGUGGCCAUCACAUCCCCAUCGGGUGGCCGAGUCAAAUCUCGCAUUACACCGAUUCGUGACUCAUCACUACCGGGCUACUGGAUUGAGUACACUCCGUCCGAGUUGGGUGACCACCUUGUCGACAUCCUGUACGGAGGCGAACUCGUAUUAAAUCGAGGCGGAUUGCCCCAUCGCGUUCGCUGCGUUCUUCCGCCGGCAGCCGCUGCCGAUAUCGUGCGCGCUUACGGACCGGGACUUUCAGGCGGAAUGGCCGGCCGGGCAGCUGAAUUUGUCGUUGAUACUCGUGGCGCUGGCCCAGGCGGAUUAGGUGUAACAGUUGAAGGUCCAUCCGAAGCGGCUAUUCAAUGUCGAGACAAUGGCGAUGGCACAUGUUCAGUAGCUUAUCUUCCGUGCACCAGCGGUGAUUAUCACGUCAACAUCAGUUUCAACAAUCAGCUCAUCAACGGGUCGCCCUUCAUCGCCCGUGUCAUCGACAAUCCCGUCUCCAAGAUCCGCACCUACGGCAGCGGAAUCCAGCGCGACAAGGCCGUUUUCUUAGAUUCACCAACCGAAUUCACUGUGGAUGCACGUGCUGUUCCCAAGAAGCCUGGCGAUGGACCUGGCAAAGUAACAUGCCUGGUACACAAUCCAUCAGGUUCUUUCUCCGAGCCGGUCAUCACCAGUCAGCCGGAUGGCCAGAAUCGCGUUGCCUUCACUCCUUUUGAAGAAGGACCACACAAGAUCGACGUCUUGUACGAUGGUGUUCCGGUGCCCGGAUCGCCGUUCCCCGUCAAUGCCCGACGCGGAUGCGAUCCUCGCAAAGUCAAAGCUUUCGGCCCGGGAUUGGAGCGCGGCGUCGUCAACCAGCCCAACAUCUUCACGAUCGAAACGAAAGGCGCUGGAACUGGAGGACUGGGCCUGGCCAUCGAAGGGCCGUCUGAAGCCAAGAUGACUUGCCGCGACAACCGCGAUGGAUCGUGCACCGUCGAGUACGUGCCGACGGAGGCCGGAGACUACGACAUCAGCAUCAAAUUCGCUGAUCAGUUCAUUCCCGGCUCGCCUUUCAAGGUACCGGUUGAUCGCUACGUUGAUGCUAAUUCGGUCCGGGCUUACGGCCCAGGCUUGGAACCGAACAAUUGCCGUGCAAACAUCCCCCAACGUUUCAAAAUCGAUGCCACCAAGUCCGGCAAGGCUCCGUUGGCCGUCGAUAUCCGUUCAGAUCGAGGACCAUUGGCUCAAAAGCCGGAAAUUAUCGAUCACGGUGAUGGAACUUAUGAUGUUACCUACAUGCCACCACCUGAGAAUUCGACUUGCAAAGUCCGUGUCACCUACGGUGGCAAAGAUAUCCCGAAGAGUCCGUUCGAAAUGAAAGUACGGCCAACUGUUGAGCCUAAAAACGUGAAAGUUACCGGUCCAGGUGUAUCCAGCAAGGGCAUUCCGGCUUCGAUUCCGGCCGAUUUUGUUGUUGACACGACUGAAGCUGGCUAUGGGGAUCUACAAGUUCAAGUCUUGGGUCCAGAUGGAUAUCCGCGCAAAGUCAAAGUCGCCGACAAUGGCGACGGAACCUUCAAAGCCACCUACACGCCCGACGAUCUUGGCCAAUACAAGGUGAACGUCAAAUACGGCGGCAAAGAGGUCCCUCACGCUCCGUUCAACGUCCAGGCACAUCCCACUGGGAGGGCGGAGAGCUGCAAGAUCACUGAGGGUAUACAACAAACGUUAUCAAUUGGCGAAGAAUAUUGCAUUUCUGUCAACGCCAAGAAUGCUGGCAAUGGUGCUGUUACUUGUCGAAUCCGCGGCACAUCCGGCAGUGAUAUGGACAUUGACAUUGACGAUAAUGGCGAUGGCACAUUCAGCGUUUACUACACUGUCAAAGACGCUGGAGAGUACACACUGAGCAUCAAAUUUGGCGGUAAUCCCGUUCCGGAUGGUGUUUACAACUUCACUGCUCAAUCCGGAGACGAACCGGUCAAGAAAAGCCCAAGCAAUUCCCAAUAUCGACCGGUUGAGCUACAUAAUAUCCCCUUGCCAACCACCGGCGGUCAAGUAACAGGUGAAGUCAAAAUGCCGAGUGGUCAAAUCGACAAAGCUUUGAUUAAGGAUAAUCGCGAUGGUACCGUCAGCAUCCAGUACGAACCUCGUGAAGAGGGUCUGCACGAGUUGCACAUCCGCUACAACUCUGAACACGUCCAAGGAUCGCCAUUCAAGUUUUACGUGGAUUCAUUGCAAAGCGGCCUGGUGACCGCUUACGGUUCCGGCCUGACUCAUGGUGUCUGUGGUGAGGCUUGUAACUUCACCAUUUCCACCAAGAACGCCGGAUCUGGUGGCCUGUCUCUGGCCGUCGAAGGUCCCAGCAAAGCUGAGAUCAGUUGCAAUGACAACAAGGACGGAACCGUGUCCGUCUCUUACUUGCCUUUAGCUCCCGGCGAGUACAAAGUGGCUGUCAAGUACGCCGACAAGCACAUCCGCGGAAGCCCCUACACUGCCAAGAUCACCGGAGAGGGCCGCAAACGUAAUCAAAUCUCGGUCGGCUCCAACAGCGAAGUGCCCCUGCCCGGCCGUGUUUCCGAUUCGGAUAUUCGCGCUUUGAACGCCUCCAUCCAGGCGCCUUCCGGCCUGGAAGAGCCUUGCUUCUUGAAAAUGCUUCCAAACGGCAAUCUCGGUAUUUCGUUCACUCCCCGUGAAGUCGGAGACCACUACGUCUCUGUCAAACGGCUGGGCAAACAUAUCCAGGGCUCGCCAUUCAAGAUCAAAGUGGGCGAACGCGAAGUCGGCGAUGCCAAGAAGGUUCUCGUCGGCGGCAAAGCCCUUUUGGAAGGCAAGACCCACACGGACAACACCUUCAACAUCGACACCCGCAAGGCCGGCUAUGGUGGUCUGUCGCUGUCGAUUGAAGGUCCCAGCAAGGCCGAGAUCAAGUGCAAGGAUAACGAGGAUGGCACUUUGGACAUCUCCUACCGCCCAACCGAGCCGGGCUAUUACAUCAUGAACCUCAAGUUCGCCGACCAUCACGUCGAGGGAUCUCCAUUUACCAUGAAGGUCACCGGUGAAGGAUCCAACACCCAAACCGAACGUAUCAAACGUGAGAGGACUGCCGUGCCGCAGACGGAAGUCGGAAGCAAAUGCCGAUUGGCCUUCAAGAUUCCGGGCGUCUCCACCAUGGAUUUGUCGGCUUGCGUCACUUCACCAUCCGGCGUCACCGAAGGUGCCGAUAUCGCCGAAACCGAAGACGGAGGUUAUGGAGUCUCUUUCGUGCCCAGCAUGUUGGGCGUACACACCGUGUCCGUCAAGUACAAGGAUGUGCACAUCCCCGGCUCUCCGUUCCAGUUUACGGUGGGUCCGCUCCGUGACGGUGGAUCCCACAGAGUCCACGCUGGUGGUCCGGGUCUGGAGCGCGGUGAGCAAGGCCAGCCGUGCGAGUUCAACGUUUGGACCCGCGAAGCUGGUGCUGGAUCGUUGGCCAUCUCUGUUGAAGGACCCAGCAAGGCUCACAUCGACUUUAAGGAUCGCAAGGACGGCUCUUGCUACGUCGUUUACAACGUUUCCGAACCAGGUGAGUACCGCGUCGGUGUCAAAUUCAACGACCAGCACAUCCCCGACUCGCCGUUCCGUGUCUACAUCACUCCCGAACAGGGUGAUGCGCACAAGAUUGAAAUCGGACAGUUCCCCGAUGCUGGUUGCGCAGUCAACAAACCGCAAGCUUUCAUCGUUCGCAAGAACGGCGCCAAGGGUGAAUUCGACGCCAAGGUGGUUUCGCCAUCCGGAAGCGAAGACGAUUGCUUCAUUUCGGCCAUCGACACUGACAUCUACUCGGUACGUUUCUUGCCGCGCGAUAACGGCGUCCACUACGUUCACGUCAAAUUCAACGGCGUCCAUAUCCCUGGCUCUCCGUUUCCCCUUAAAGUCGGAAAAGAAGAUGCCGAUCCAGCUGCUGUACACGCAGCUGGCCCUGGACUCGUUAAGUCACAGACCGGCCACAAGACGGACUUUAUCGUCAACACUUGCAGCGCCGGUUGCGGUACGCUUGCUGUGACCAUCGACGGUCCUUCCAAGGUCUCCAUGGAUUGUACCGACGUCGAGGAAGGCUACAAAGUGCGAUACACUCCUUUGGUGCCCGGCGAUUACUUUAUCGCCGUCAAAUACAACGGAUUCCACAUCGCCGGCUCGCCCUACCGAGUACCCUGCACAGGCGAACUUUUGGCAUCAAAGGGCGUUACAGAAACAUCUUCGGUAAUGGUGGAAACGGUGACCAAAGUGUCCAAGAAAGCCGCUCAAGCGGCAUUGCCCGUCUUCAAGUCUGACGCCUCCAAAGUCACCAGCAAGGGCAUGGGUCUCAAGAAGGCCUAUAUGAACAAACAGAACAUGUUCAGCAUUUCAGCUUCUGAUGCCGGUGCCAAUUUGCUCUUCGUGGCCGUCUACGGACCCAAAGGACCUUGCGAGGAGGUCUUUGUCAAACACUUGGGUCACAACAGCUACCAAGUCAACUAUGCCGUCCGCGAUCGAGGAGAUUACGUUAUUAUCGUCAAAUGGGGAGAAGAUCAUAUUCCCGGCUCGCCUUUCAAAGUCGAAGUGUAAAAAGAGUUUUUGAAAAGCACAUUGAAUUUGAAUUGGUUUGCUGAGAAAUUUCCCAAAAUUCGAAAAAUCAUUUCUAAGUAGAUUUUCGCCCAAGAAAAAGCACACAAAAACAAACAAAAAAAUUGUUGAAAAAUUAAAUUACUCCUCUCCCUUCCCCAAUCCUCCUUUAUCGCCAACUCACAUGCUGAUUAGACGAGCAAGAAUACAGGAACGACUGGCUAUAGACACUGCCAAAUAGCACACAAAACAGAGAUGGAAAACGAGGGACUUUAUUGAGCCCGUCACCAUCGUGAGCAUAACAGAUGAAAAAAAAAGCAAAAUAAUAAGUGAUUGAAGACGCGUGAAUAUCUACUGUCUAACGAACACAUCCGGACUACAACCUUGCCAGCCUUUUUGAGUGCCCUAUCUAUAUCCAUGACAAGCCCACUCUCUCUCUCUUCUCUUCAAUAGCUUGACCAUUGUAGUGCUUCUCACCUCCAGUUUGGAGUCUUAGAGCAUGGUAGCGAAAACUCUCUGAAACGCGACUUUGUUUCUUGUUUUUCAAAGAUUAGUCUUGUAUGAAAACUGCCUUGAAUUACGACUUUGUCAUUUCUCUU